AUGUCCUCAGUGCUGCCCAGUCAUACAUGUGGAACCCCCGGCCUCAUCCCGAAGGGAGUCAUCCACGGUUCGCGCUACAACAUCGGGGACAAGAUCCGCUACAGCUGUGAGUCGGGCUAUGUGCUGGAAGGACACAACAUCCUCACAUGUAUCGUAUCGGCGGGCAGCGGUGCUUUGUGGGAUUUCCCCUCUCCAUUCUGCAGAGCGGAGGGGGCAUGUGGCGGGACAUUGAGAGGCACAGCGGGCUCCAUCACCAGUCCAGGAUAUCCCACUGAGUACGACAACAAUCUGGACUGUACAUGGUCCAUCCUCGCUGAGCCGGGGGACACCAUCGCACUGGUCUUUAACGACUUUUUUUUAGAAGACAAAUAUGAUUUCCUGGAAAUCAGCGGGACAGAAGCACCCAGCAUAUGGCUAACUGGCACAACAUUACCCUCACCAGUCAUCUCCAGUAAGAACUGGCUGCGGAUACACUUCACAUCAGACAGCAACCACAGAAGAAAAGGAUUCAGUGCACAGUAUCAAGUUAAAAAGGCGAUUGAGUUGAAGUCCCGAGGGGUGAAGAUGAUGCCUAGCAAAGACUCCAGUCACAAAAAUGCAGUGUUGAGUCAGAGUGGCCUUGCUGGAGAUGUUUGCCCCGAUCCCGGGGUCCCAGAAAAUGGCAAGAGGAUGGGUUCAGCAUUUCAAGUGGGCUCCAGCGUCCAGUUCAGCUGCGAUGACAGCUACGUGCUCCAAGGGUCUAAAAGUAUCACCUGCCAGAGAGUCACGGACACGCUGGCAGCAUGGAGUGACCACCGGCCCAUCUGUAGGACACGAACAUGUGGAAGUAAUCUACGGGGGCCUAGAGGGAUCAUCACUUCUCCGAACUACCCUGUUCAGUAUGAGAAUAAUGCACAUUGUGUGUGGGUCAUCACAGCAAUGGAUCCUGGCAAGGUGAUUAAGCUGUCCUUUGAAGAAUUUGACCUGGAAAGAGGAUAUGAUACUCUGACGCUGGGAGAUGGAGGGAAGAUCGGGGACACGCGGCGAGUGCUCUAUGUGCUCACAGGCGCCAGCGUCCCAGACCUCAUUGUUAGCUUGUCCAAUCAGAUGUGGCUUCAUUUACAAUCAGACGAUACAAUUGGAUCGGCAGGAUUCAAGGCUGUUUAUGAAGAGAUCGAGAAGGGAGGCUGUGGUGACCCUGGGGUUCCCGCGUUUGGUCGGCGCAGCGGAGAUCGCUUUCAACAUGGAGAUGUGCUGAGCUUUUUCUGCCAGUCAGCAUUUGAGCUGGUGGGAGAGCGAAGCAUCACGUGUCAACACAACAACCAGUGGUCAGGCAACAAACCCAGCUGCGUGUUCUCAUGUUUCUUCAACUUUACCGCUCCUUCUGGAACUAUCCUGUCCCCAAACUACCCUGAGGAAUACGGGAACAACCUGAACUGCGUGUGGCUCAUCAUCUCUGAGCCAGGGAGCCGCAUACACCUCCUCUUCUCUGACUUUGACCUUGAGCCGCAAUUUGAUUGGCUGGUUGUCAAAGAUGAAGGCCUGUCUGAACCAAUGACAUUUGGGACGUUCUCCGGCAAAGAUGUCCCUUCACAAAUUGCCUCACACGGACACAUCAUGAGACUAGAGUUUCAGUCGGACCAUUCCAACACCGGGAAAGGAUUCAAUAUCAGCUAUACAACAUUUGGACAAAAUGAGUGUCACGAUCCGGGGGUUCCUGUCAAUGGUCAAAGAUACGGAGACCACUUCCUGCUCGGCAGCUCUGUGGCUUUUCGCUGUGACCAAGGGUUCAUCAGGACACAGGGCUCAGAUCAAGUGACAUGUAUAAUCCAGGAUGGAAACGUGGUCUGGUCUGCUGCGGUGCCUCGCUGUGAAGCGCCGUGUGGGGGUCACCUCACAGCUCCCACCGGGGUGCUGCUGUCUCCAGGAUGGCCCUCUUUCUACAGGGACUCCCUCAAUUGUCAGUGGGUGAUUGAAGGACAGCCUGACCACGCUGUGAAAAUCCACUUUGACAGGUUUCAGACGGAGGUAAACUAUGACACAUUAGAAAUCCGUGAUGGCCCCUCAGCAUCCUCGCCUCUGAUUGGAGAAUACCACGGAACCCAAGCUCCGCACUUCCUGAUCUCCACGUCAAACUUUUUGUACUUACUGUUCACCACGGACAACAGUCGCUCAGCAUCAGGCUUCAGCAUUCGUUAUGAAAGUGUGAAGAUGGAGACUGACUCCUGUCUGGAUCCUGGCAUCCCUGUGAAUGGUCGUCGCCAGGGAAGCAGCUUCUCCAUUGGCUCGCGGGUCUCGUUCACAUGUGAUGCCGGCUACACACUGAGUGACCAGGAGCCAAUCGUCUGUGAGCAGAAUCACCAAUGGAACCAUGCACUGCCGAGCUGCGACGCCCUUUGUGGAGGAUACGUGUAUGGAACAACCGGGACAAUCUUGUCGCCAGGCUUCCCUGACUUUUAUCCAAACUCUCUAAACUGCACAUGGACAAUCGAGGUGUCUCAUGGCAAAGGAGUCCAUCUGGUUUUCCACACCUUCCAUCUGGAGGAGAACCACGACUACCUGUCCAUUUCGGAGGACGAGAGUUUUCUUGUUCCAGUUGCGCGCCUCACUGGCUCAGUACUGCCACCCAGUGUCAAAGCAGGGCUUUUUGGGAAUUUGACCACACAACUGAGAUUCAUUUCUGACUUCUCCAUGAGUUACGAAGGUUUCAACAUCACUUUCUCAGAGUAUGAUUUGGAACCAUGUGAGGACCCGGGAGUGCCAGCUUUCAGCCGAAGAAUGGGGUUUCAGUUUCGAGUUGGCGACUCUCUAGCCUUCUCGUGUUUCCAAGGUUACAGGCUGGAGGGGGACAGCACAAUUUUCUGUCUGGGUGGAGGACGACGAGUCUGGAGCAACGCCUUGCCCAGAUGUAUAGCCGAGUGUGGAGCCUCCUCAGUGGGACUGGAGGGAGUACUUCUUUCUCCAAAUUUCCCGUCCAACUACGAUAACAACCACGAGUGUAUCUAUCGAGUCACCACAGAAAAGGGCAAAGGAAUCAGGCUGAGAGCAGAGAGCUUCUUACUGCAGACUGGUGACUAUCUCAAGCCAGGCAUCCCAAACUACGGGUACAAGAUCCAGGAUGACGGUCACUAUGCCAACACGUUUGUGCUGUAUGCCUGUAACCCUGGAUACAGUCUGCAUGGCAGCAGCACGCUGACCUGCCUGAGCGGAGACCGGCGUGUCUGGGACCGGCUGCUUCCAUCGUGCAGUGCCGAGUGUGGGGGUCACAUCACAGGUGCAGUGUCUGGCCGUAUCCUCUCCCCGGGAUACCCUGCCCCCUAUGACAACAACCUGCAUUGUACCUGGACUAUCGAGGCGGACACUGGCAAGACCAUCAGCCUUCAUUUUAUUGUUUUUGACACGGAAAUCGGACAUGACAUCUUGCGAGUAUGGGAUGGCCCCUCAGGAACAUCAGACGGAGGGAUCCUUUUGAAAGAGUGGUCCGGCCCUUCUCUACCGGAGGACAUCCACUCCACAUUCAACGUCCUCACUCUGCAGUUUGACUCAGACUAUUUCAUCAGCAAGCAAGGCUUCUCAAUACAGUUCUCCACCAACACAGCCACCACCUGUAAUGACCCAGGUGUCCCGGUGAACGGCUCCCGAUACGGUGACAGCAGAGAGCCGGGAGACAGCAUGACAUUUCAGUGUGAUCCUGGAUACAAGCUGCACGGACAAGACACUAUUACGUGUGUGCGCAUGGACAACCGCUUCUACUGGAAACCAGACCCGCCCACAUGCAUAGCAACCUGUGGAGGCAACGCCAGUGGCCCAUCUGGAGUUAUCCUGUCCCCCAACUACCCCCAACCAUACCCUGCAGGAAAGGAGUGCGACUGGACGAUUCAAGUCAACCCUGAUUUUGUCAUAGCAUUAAUAUUUAAAAGUUUCAACAUGGAGCCGAGUUACGACUUUCUGCACAUCUAUGAAGGUGAGGACUCGAACGGGCCCUUACUUGCAAGUCUCCAAGGUAACCAGGCCCCAGAGCGCAUAGAGAGCAGCAGCAACAGCCUCUUCCUGGCCUUCAGAUCGGAUGCUUCACUGGGCAUGUCCGGAUUCGCCAUCGAAUUCAGAGAAAAACCAAGAGAGGCCUGCUUUGACCCGGGAAACAUAAUGAAUGCUAGUCGAACCGGAUAUGACUAUAAACUAGGAUCCCAAGUGUCCUACCAGUGUCACCAUGGCUACACCACAGUGGGUGGAGACACAAUUACCUGCAUCAUGGGGAAUGAUGGGAAACCAAUUUGGGACAAGCCACUGCCAUCCUGUAAAGCCCCAUGUGGAGGACAGUACAGUGGAUCUGAGGGGGUUGUGCUUUCUCCUAAUUACCCUCUGAACUACACAACCAGACAAACAUGUACCUAUUACAUCACUGUGUCCUCGCAGUUUGUGGUUUUUGGUCAGUUUGCAGUUUUUCAGACGGCCAUGAACGACUCUGUGGAGCUGUUUGAUGGAGCCGAUGAAAACGCUCGGCUGCUCAGUUCUCUCGCUGGAACACAUUCUGGGGAGACAUUGCCACUAGCCACCUCCAAUCAGAUUAUGCUGCGGUUCAAUGCCAAGAGUGGCCAGUCAGCUAGAGGCUUUCAUUUUGUCUACCAAGCGGUACCUAGGACCAGUGAUAGCCAGUGCAGCUCAGUUCCAGAGCCGCGGUAUGGUCGGCGGAUUGGUUCAGAGUUCUCAGCUGGCUCGGUGGUCCGCUUUGAGUGCAGUCCAGGAUAUCUGCUCAAAGGAUCCAGUGCAAUCCAGUGCCAGGCCGUACCAGGGGCUCUCGCGCAGUGGAAUGCAUCCACCCCCACCUGCAUAGUUCCCUGCAGUGGCAAUUUGACGGAGCGCCGUGGUACCAUCCUGUCUCCUGGAUAUCCUGAGCCGUACCCAAACAGCCUCAACUGCCUCUGGAGGAUCCAUGUCAGCGAGGGGGCUGGCAUACAGAUUCAAGUGAUGACGUUUGCUACUGAGCACAACUGGGAUUCUCUGGAGAUCUAUGAUGGAGGGGACAUGACAGCUCCUAAAUUAGGGUCAUUUUCUGGCACAACAGCGCCAGCCCUUCUUAACUCGACAUCCAAUCAGCUGCUCCUGCACUUUCAGAGCGACAUCAGUGUGGUAGCAGCGGGCUUUCACCUAGAAUAUAAAACGGUCGGUUUAACGACAUGUCCAGAGCCGAUGAUGCCGGCCAACGGGAUCAAGACAGGAGACAGAUACAUGGUCAAUGAGGUUGUGGCCUUUUCUUGUGAGGCUGGGUAUACAUUGCAGGGACACUCUCAUAUAUCCUGCAUGCCCGGGACAGUACGGCGCUGGAAUUACCCUCCUCCUCUUUGUAUCGCUCGUUGUGGUGGAGUGCAGACAGAAUUGAGUGGUGUCAUCCUUAGCCCUGGUUUCCCUGGCAACUACCCAGGAAACUUGGACUGUACGUGGCAAAUAGUCCUGCCAUCUGGAUAUGGAGCCCAUAUCCAAUUUCAGAACUUCUCCUCGGAGGAUAACCAUGACUUUCUGGAGGUCAGGGCGGGACCACAACACAGCUCAGCUCUGAUUGGCCAGUUUACAGGCUCUCAGAUCCCGCCUCCUUUGCUCAGUACCACUCACCUCACGAUCAUCCACUUCUACAGCGACCAUUCAGAAAAUAGACCUGGCUUCAAACUGACUUACCAGGCCUAUCAGCUUCAAAACUGCCAAGAUCCAUCUCCUUUCCUGAAUGGGGACAUCAUCAACAGUGACUACAGUGCAGGCCAGUCAGUCACCUUUCAGUGUUACUCCGGGGAUGGUCUGGAUACAGCGAGCCCUCAGCUGGGAGUGUUCAGCGGUAACACAGCUCUAGAGACGGCCUACAGCAGCAGCCCCAAUGUCCUCAUCCGCUUUCACUCGGACUUCUCCACCGGGGGCUUCUUCAUACUCAACUUCCAUGCUUAUCGCCUGAAGAAGUGCCCAACUCCGCCGGUUGUGGAAAACGCAGAGGUUAUCUUUGAAGAUGAGGACUUUCAAAUUGGUGAUAUUGUGAAAUACCGCUGUUUGCCUGGGUACUCUCUGGUUGGAAAGGCCGAGCUGAUGUGUAAACUAAACUCCCAUUUACUUUUUGAAUCUCCGUCCCCAACUUGUCAAGCCCAGUGUCCAGCAAAUGAGGAGCGUCCUUUGUCUUCUGGAGUCAUUCUGAGUCCUGGGUUUCCAAGCAACUACCCCAACAGUCAGACCUGCUCGUGGCUGCUGCGCAUGGCUCCAGCCUACACAAUCAAUAUAUAUGUGGAGAUGUUCCACAGUGAAAAACAGUUUGAUGAGUUGGAGAUUUUUGAUGGAUCCUCGGGGCAAAGUCCUUUACUGGUGGCUCUGAGCGGUAACCACUCCACUCAGCUUAACUUCACAUCAAAGACAAACCAACUUUAUCUGCGGUGGUCCACUGACCACGCAACCAAUAAGAGAGGCUUCAAGAUCCGAUACUCAGCUGCCUAUUGUAGCAUCGACGAUCCACCAAUUAAUGGAGGAGUGGUCAACCGAACAAACCUUCGUCCUGGCAGUAAACUUCUAUUUUUUUGUAAUCGUGGUUAUCGUCUGGUUGGUGCAACUAAUGCAACAUGUAGACUUCACCAAAAUGGACUCUACCAGUGGGACUCGCCAACUCCAAUUUGUCAGGCGAUUUCAUGUGGACUUCCUCAGUCUUUGGGAAAUGGCAGCUUCCAUGCGUACCAGUACACAGUGGGCAGUCAGGUGACAUAUUACUGUAACAGUGGCUUUCACCUGGAUCCCGACGGUCCUAUGACUGCAGUGUGUUUAGAGGACAGCACCUGGAGUAAUGGAGCCUCCCUGCCUCGAUGCUUGCCUGUCCGUUGCCCGUCUGUUGAUGGCAUCUUGACUGAUCACAUGACGUAUCGCCUCCUGAUUGGGAGACUGGGAGAGUUUGGUUCUGCGGUAAUGCUGGAAUGUGCCUCAGGUCAUUACUUGGGCAUCGGGCAUCGGACUCUUCGCUGUCUGGCCAAUGGGACAUGGGAGGGCUCGGAUGAUCCAGCCACAUGCAAGAUCAUCUCCUGUGGCGAGCUUCACUCUCCUCCCUUUGGCACCAAACUGGGAACAUUGAACACUUUUGGAGCGACCGCCAUCUUCAUGUGUAACCAUGGAUACACUCUGGUGGGGUCACAUGUCCGGGAAUGUGGGGCAAACGGCCUCUGGAGCGGGACAGAGACCAGAUGUUUAGCCGGACACUGUGACUCUCCAGACCCCAUCAUCAACGGUCACAUUAGCGGAGAUGGCUCUAGUUACCGUGACACUGUGGUGUACCAGUGCAUGCUGGGAUAUCGUCUCAUUGGCACAUCUGUCAGGAUUUGCCAGCAGGACCAUCGGUGGUCUGGAACAACGCCAGUGUGUGUUCCAAUUACUUGUGGUCACCCUGGAAACCCUGCCAAUGGCCGGACCAAUGGCAGCGAGUUCAAUCUGAAUGAUGUGGUCAACUUCACCUGCAGCAAAGGUUAUGUCCUCAGUGGAAACGCACGUGCCCAGUGUCGGCUCAACGGCCAGUGGAGCAGCCCCCUGCCUGUCUGCAAAGUGGUAAACUGCUCUGACCCGGGGCAUGUGGAGAACGGCGUGCGUCACUCGGGCCUGCGUUACCCUGAGGUCUUCAGCUAUGGAAUAACCGUGGCCUUUCACUGUAAGAGAGGAUUUUACCUGCUGGGCUCAGCUCUGCUCACCUGCCAACAUGAUGGACGAUGGGACCGACCAGUCCCACGCUGCCUUGUCAUUUCCUGUGGUGACCCUGGUGUCCCUCCUAAUGCAGUGGUGUCUGGGACCCACAGCUGGACAUACGGCUCAGUACUGCGUUACUCCUGUCUACCAGGGGGGGUGCUAGUGGGAAACACCACCCGAAAUUGUCAGGAGGACGCCACAUGGAGUGGAGCACCACCAUACUGUACUGGUGUGAGUCCAGGUAUUUGUGGAGACCCUGGGAUGCCUCCCCAUGGGGCUCGACUCGGAGGAGAGGAGUUUAAAACCAAGAGCCUGCUGCGUUUUAGCUGUGAGGCUGGAUUUAAUCUGAUUGGUUCUGCUGAGAGAACCUGUCUUCACAAUGGCACCUGGAGUGGCACGCAACCACUGUGUCAAGCCGUUUCCUGUGGUAAUCCUGGCACCCCUGCACAUGGAAGAAUUAUAUUUACCGAUGGCAUCACCUUUGGCAGCUCCGUGGCGUAUGCAUGCUGGGAUGGUUUUAAAACAUCUGGCCUGACCACCAGACACUGCACGACUAAUGGGACCUGGACAGGACAGCCUCCAGAUUGCACAGUGAUCAGUUGUGGAGACCCAGGACCUAUUGCCAAUGGAAUUUAUUUAGGAAGUGAUUUUAGCUUCAACCACUCAGUUACGUAUCAUUGUAACCCUGGAAACUUGAUGGAUCCUCAAGGACUGGGUCGCAAUAUAUUACUCUGCACUAAAGAUGGGACCUGGAAUCAGACCAAGCCGAGCUGUAAGGUGAUCCACUGUGGACCUCCGCCUCAGCUUCUUCAUGGGAAAGUUGAGGGAAGUGACUACUCUUGGGGCUCCAGUGUCAGCUACAGUUGUUUCCAUGGCUACCAGCUCUCCUCUCCCGCUGUGCUGACGUGUGAGGGGAAUGGGACCUGGGCAGGAGAUGUGCCUCAGUGUCUGCCGGUGCUCUGCGGUGACCCUGGCUCCCCAGGCGGUGGCUCCAGAGAGGGAAGCGUCUUCUCCUACAGGUCAGAGGUGCGGUUCUACUGCCAUGCCCCCUACCUGCUCGUGGGCUCUGUGUCGAGAGUGUGUCAGGCUGAUGGCAUCUGGAACGGACAGCAGCCCGCCUGCAUAGACCCAGCCUUCAACACCUGCAGAGAUCCGGGAACACCAGCAUACGGAAUCCCAGUUCUGGCUCAGGGAUUGCAGGUUGGUAGCAAGAUAUCCUUCAAAUGCCGCAAAAAUUACCACAUUCUUGGGUCCACCACAAGAACGUGUAUGGAAAACCUUACCUGGAGUGGGACCCAGCCUGAGUGCAUAGCCCACUCGUGUAGGCAGCCAGAAACUCCCAGUAAUGUGGAUGUUCGAUCCAUGGACCUGCCCACGCUGGGAUAUACACUGAUCUACACCUGCCAAGAGGGCUUCUAUCUGGCAGGAGGAUCAGAGCAUCGAACAUGCAAGAGUGAUGGGAGGUGGUCCGGCAAACCCCCUCUCUGCAAAGUUGGAGUGAAGAUCAAUCCUAAAAGCAGAGAGUCGGACGUCCAGAAGAACAAAAUAAGAGUGCCUUCUGACGUGUUUUCACCCAACUCUGACUGGAGUGGUUUCUAUGAGUAUUUGGGGAAAAGACAAGGGACAACGUUCACUGUGACAGGGUUCAACAAAAGCACUGGAAGAGUCAACAUCACAUUAAUGGAGCCCACUGGAGUGUCCAUCAGACUGUCAGGCACUUACAAAUUUGAGGAAAACCAGUUACUCCUGAAGGUCUAUCAAGUCAAAGGUCCAACGGAGCAUUACUACAGCAAGUUUAAAAACGACAAUUGGGCCAUGGACGGAUAUGUGACCGCUGAGUCGGAUCAGAAGACAUUUGUUUACCAAGGACACAUUCACAGCAAAGACUUUGGAAAGUUCUACCUGACAAGACAAGGUCCUGUUACCACAGCGAUAGAGCCAUCCAGCCCAUACACCAACAGCAGCUCUGUGGCGGCGGCCAUCUUAGUGCCGUUCUUCGCCCUCAUCCUGUCGGGAUUUGCUUUCUACCUCUACAAACACAGGACUCGUCCCAAGGUCCAGUUCAAUGGGUAUGUUGGUCAUGAAAGUUCAAAUGGCCAGGCGUCAUUUGAGAACCCCAUGUACGACACUAAUAUGAAGCCGACAGAAGCUAAAGCUGUGCGAUUCGACACCACACUGAACACUGUCUGCACUGUGGUAUAG